ACCCACACCAUCUCAUCCACACCAGGAAAAAAAUUGAAAAAAAAAACAUUUUUUAAAGAUAUUUCUCUCUGUAUAUUUCUUUUCUUCUUCAUCAUCCACCGGCGAAGUGAAUCUCGCCGGAAAAAAUGGAUAUUCUGGUGACUAAGUCCCCUAUUUCCUCACGUAGAAUAGCCAUCUCUGACCACCGUCGUCAUGUGUUCCGUGAAAACCCUCGGAGCUAAGACAACUUGAUCCGUCUCUUAAGACUUCUUUUCUCCAUAUUUUAGUAUGAUUCUUUUCUUUGUUUUGUGAAGAUGAUCGGCUGAUUGAAGAAGACGGAAUAGGUUUCUUCUGGUAGUAGCUGAGAGGUUUUGGUAGAUUCCGUUUUUCUUCUUCUUCUUCUUCUUUUGCGGUUCCGAGACCCAGAUGCUGUCAGUUUUUGGAAUUUGACUUUUGAAUUUUGUUUCGGGAGAGGGAUCUCAGGUGUAAAUGUGGACGAAUUUGUGGAGUUCUUGACGGAAUUUGAAUUUUCUGUGUUUCUGUUUCUGUUUCUACCUUUGAACGAGAACUGACUUGGACCAUAUUCCGGGGAGGGAGAGAGAGAGACGGAGAGAUAUCAGAUCUUCUUCUACUUAGUCGUCUUCCCGAGAGAUGCCAUUUCCGAUGAAGAUCCAGCCUAUUGACAUCGAUUCACCGGCGGUGAGAGAGCCAGCUCGAGCGGAUUCAGGCAAACCGGUGCUCAAGUCUCGCCUCAAACGGCUGUUUGAUCGGCCGUUCACAAGCGUCUUGAGGAGUUCGACCUCGGAGAAACCCAUCGCUGGCGCUGGGGAAGCUCAUUACGGCCGAGGUGGAGGUACCGGAGCUGAGUUCGAGCCGAGCUCCGUUUGCUUGGCGAAGAUGGUUCAGAACUUCAUAGAGGAAAACAACGAGAAGCAACCCAAAUGUGGUCGCAACCGCUGCAAUUGCUUCAACGGGAACAACGACGACAGCUCCGAUGACGAGUUAGAUCUGUUCGGCGGCUCCGUCGAUUCUUUCACCGGCGGAUCUUUGUCCGACGCAUCCGACUAUCUGAAGAGCUUGAUCCCUUGCGCGAGCGUCGCCGAGAGGAACCUGCUAGCUGACGCGGCGAGGAUUGUCGAGAUGAACAAAUCCCUCAAACGCAAAGACGAUAUGAGGAAGAUUGUCGUGGAAGGACUCUCAUCUCUCGGCUACGAUUCUUCCAUCUGCAAAUCCAAAUGGGAGAAAUCUCUC